AUGGAAGCUAUAAAAAAGGGACUAGCAGAUCGCAGCGGAAAGAAGAAUGGACUCUACGUACAUUAUAGUCCGCCAAAAUUGUUAGGCGUGUCAUCAGAGCAGCUUCGUCAUUGGGCACUCAGUGCGGUGGAUUGUAAGCUGGAGCGCGCGGUCCUCGCGGGACAGGGCCGUCGCCUCCUCGCUGAGGCAGAGGCCUUACCACUUGCCAGGCGCAUAGUUGCUCUUAUAGACAAAUGCAAUGCACUGCACGCUGCUGUUGAAAAGGGGUCCCUCUUAGAACUGCAGGAGCUGCUGAACUGCGACUACAAUCGUCAUAAGUACGUAAUGUGCUUAGAUGAAGCCGGUGUUGGGUUGUUGCACAAAGCAGUGUUCUACAAUUUUACAGACAUCGUGGCAUGGCUGGUCAACCACUAUCCACAACUUGUUCAUCAGAAAGAUUCACAAGGUCGUACGCCACUCCACUACACAGCAGCCUGUCGGGACGAGGCAUUGGUGGUGGGUGUGCUGGAGCGGGCGGGGGCGGCCCGGGGCGCGCGGGACGCGGCCGGCCGCACACUCGCGCACUACCGCUCCGCGCGCACUCUGCUCGCAUUGCCCGACUCGACCAUGCCGCGCCCCGCAGGGUUGGUCAUAAAACGACACAACAUACGAAUAUGGUGUCACGAGUGCGACAUGGGUCGCCUACAGAAAGUAGUGUGGGAGGGACAGGGAGCGAGACUCCUCAGCGAGGUCUCCAGCCAGCCUAUUGUCAAGAAAUUUCUAGAAGCUGUUCCAUAUAUUAUGAACACUAUCCGUGAUAUCCACAACGCAGUCAUUCAAAACGAUCUGGAAACUCUUAUGAAAUUGACAGCAGACCCAGUUCCACCACAAGCCUUGUCAAGCAGAGAUGCAAACAACUUGACAGCUAUGCACAAAGCCGCCGGUCUAGGCCACGGCAGUAUAUUAAAGUACAUCAUAGAGAGAUAUCCCCAAGGUAUAAAUGACGUAGAUAACGACGGACGAACACCCUUACAUUACGCCGCAGUAGUUAAAGAUGAACAACACACUUUCAAUACUCUUCUCAGCUCUGGGGCCGAUGAAAGCGCAGUCGAUAAUAAAAACAAAACCCCAGCGUAUUAUAUAAACAGAACCCAAGAUAUUGAUAAAAAUAUCUUCAAAGUAUUGCCAGAAGCUCCCAGAACCCCUUCUAGUGCUUAUCCUUCUUCAUGGGAUUGGAAAAUAUUAGAUACUGACUUUAUAGGAGAUUUUAAAAAAUCUAGAAAGAAACACUUGAAAGCAUCAAGUGAAAAUAUAUCAUCUAAAAAUAAUACUACUACUAUAUCAGACAGCGUAGAAAAAAAUAAUGGUGAUAUGAAAAAUAGUAGCACGCAUGAGUUAAUCAGUGGUUUACCAGAUUUGAAUGAUAAUGAAAAACCUAAUGUAAUUGACAACAAUAUGUCUAACGAAAACGAUACAAUAAAUAAGGAUACUACACAAGUUGAAGACGCCACAAAAAAUAAUGAUGAAGAAGAUAUUAAUGAAGACGUUGAUAAAGUACAAACUGAAAAAGAGACUGAAAUAGAUGAGAUUCCUGUAACAGAACAAAUUCUCCCUAAAGAGACUGAAAAUAUAGAAGAAGCAAAUAAUGCAGAAAAAGUAAAUCAUGAGCACAUAAAUGGUGAUCUUGAUAAAGAGGAUCAGAGUGAACCAGAGCAAAUUCUAGCUGACACUUUAGAUAAUAAUAAAGAAAAAACUGAAUUAAAGCAAAGUAAUAUCAAUGCAGUAAAUCAAGAUAUUCUUGAUAACAAAAAUAGUCAAGAAGAAGCUAAUGUAACAGAAAAUGUGAAUGAAGGUAAUAAUGAGCCGAAAGAAAUUAUUAAUGAUGAAGAUAAAAAUAAUCAAAAUGCAGAUGAAAAUGAAGAUUUAAAAAAUGAAGAAGAUAAUGAAGAUGGAGAUGAUAAUAAUAAAGACGAAUCGAUCGUCAACGAUGCACCUGACAGCUUAGAAAUAGUUUCACAACUAGACAAUGAACAAGAAGGAAAACAAGAAAGCGUUGAUGAGAAGACCAAUACCGAUGAUGAUGAUAAACAAGAUCUUGGCAAUAAAAAAAGUAGACGUGAAACCAAAGAAACUGACCAAAAUGUGGAUGAGCACAGAACGACUUCACAUGAAGGAAACAACGGGAGAAAUGUUCACGAAAAUCCCAUAGAAGGUAUUAUAAGCAGUGAAGCUGAACUUGAGACAGAAGACGCCAGUAUUAGAGAUGGCUAUCACAACGACAUAUUAAUCGUAGACAAUGAAAUAGAUCCAGAAGUAACAGAUUUGAUAAAUACAGCAAAUAUGGAAAUGCUAGCCACUUUAGUUUUAAAUGGAGAAGGGUCAAGGUUGAUUGGACGACAGUCAAGAAAUACUGAAUUACAAGCGUUUUUGAACAAUGUUCCAAAUUAUAUGGAAAAAAUUAACAAAGUUCAUAUAGCUGCAAGAGAAGGGAAUAUAAGAGAUUUACAAGCUGCUUUAGAUCGCAGGAAAUUUGCGAUUGCGAGAGACCCUAUUUCUGCCAACGGCGCUACACCUUUACACGUUGCAACUGUAUAUGGAAAAACGAAUAUAAUGAAAUAUUUAGGAGGAAGAUUUCCUGAAACUUUGUCAGCAGUAGAUUUUGAAGGUAGAACAGCUUUACACUACGCUGCAGUGUUACCAGAUAAUGGCCAUUAUUAUAAUAUUUUGCAACAAUUGGGAGCCAAUUCAAAAGACUUGGAUGAUAACGGUCGUUCAACUGAGGACUACUACAAAAAUCCUACCUUAUUUCCAUUUAGACAACUAUUAACAGAUUUUGGAAUAAGUGAAGAGACCGCGACGAUAAUGUUUGCUGAUAAAGUGCCAGAUGACCGUGUUUCGUCCCGACGUACUUUAGAUAUACCUGAAACUUUGGAUACAUUAGAAAGAUGCUAUAGACUUUUAGCAUCGGCAAGACCCACAAGAACACCUUUAUCUGCUUCUUCUAAUAAAGCUACUCCACCGCACGUGCUAGGAAGAUUUCUUAAUAAGCAGAUAUUUGAAUUGAUUAAAUACAGAAUUACCAAAUUAGACCAUAAUCUGUUCGACGUCAUAUGGCCAGCAGUUAAAAAGUUGCCUGAUACUAGAAAUAUUUUGCAAACAGUCGAAGAAGAUUUUCCGGGUGGAGUAACAGCACCUGAUUAUUAUGUUUACGAAGUAUUCACAGAAUUUUUAACGCCGCUGAUCAAAGAUCUACAUAACAUAAAUAUAAGUUAUGAUUUGCCAGACCAUCCUAUUUCUGAUUUUAUAAAGAAUACGCCGUUAUCAGAUCCUUCAGAACCCUUAGUUGAAAUAAAUAUCGAUCCCAACGACGAUUACGUGUUAUCAGGCACUAUGGAAUGUUCUAGAAACUUAGAUGGAUUUGAACUCCCACUUAAUCUUAAAAUCGGUAAACUAGAAUAUAUAGAAAGAAUUAUAACAACCAUUUUGAUGAGAGAAGAUUUUGCAAGGAUUAUAGAACAACUUAGUCCCGAGUCGGACCAAAAAGGUGGAACUUAUUAUACUUUGAAUGAAGUAUUGGAAAAACCUUCUGAAAUAUCUGCUACAUUGGCGUCGACUGGACUGUUAAUACCUCUUUGCGAACGUAAUGAGAUCGAUGAUAGCAGUCGUCUCCACGGAAAACACUGGCCUUAUGGACGUGGUGUUUUCGUUAGUGACGAUAAAACUGUCGCUAUUUGGAUUAAUGUCCAUGAUCAUUUACGAGUACUCACUACUACCCCUAUAGAUGCACCCGGAGAAAUUGGUUUAACUUUUAGUAAACUCUCCUAUAUCAUGACGUACUUGCAUGAAAAACUUGAUUUCGUUUGGAAUCAUAAGCUUGGUCAUUUAUCUUGUAGACCGACAUUUUUAGGGGCAGGCAUUCGAUUUAGCCUUAUCGUAAGCUUUCCUGGCUUAGCAAAAGAUUCUGAUAACAUGAAACACUUAUGUGCCAUGAGAGGAUUACAAUAUAGAGAGACAUUGAGCGCAGAUAUUGCUAGAGUUAGCAAUUAUCAAUGUUUAAAUGCAACAGAAUCAAAUUGUUUUAACGAUUUUGUUACAGCAACAUCUAAUUUAUUGCAUUUAGAGAAAGAAUUAUCAAUGCAAGAUUCUGCUCAUAUUGCCACCAUGCUAACCAAUAUAUUCAAAAGAAAAAGAAGCAGCUUAGCUGAUAUUCACGAUCCUAUAGAUAGAAUUCAAGAAAAACAA